AGUUGUGGCAUUUUUUACCAUCUCCCUAUUUAAACAACUCCAUCACUCACCCCUAAUCUUUGUUCAUUUGAUCCUCCAUUACUCUCUCUCUCUCUCUCUCUCUCUCUCUCUCUCUCUCUUGAUCGAUCGAUGGCGGUCGGUUUCAGAUAUUUUGCACUCUUUCUAUUGCUGAUCUGUAUACAUUCUGUAUAUGUCAAUGCUGUAUCAAGAGUAAAUGAGAAAAUUGAGUUGCAGAGCUUAAUUGAGAACUCAACAAUGGUGGAAAGGAGAAGUGAAGAAAUUGCUAUUGAAAAGAACGAUAGAGCUGUUGAUGAGAAUCCGGAAAUGGUUGCUUCCAUGGUUGACAUGACCAUCCGGAACAGUACAGAAAGGAGGGAAUUAGGAUUUUUGUCAUGUGGGACCGGAAACCCAAUCGACGAUUGCUGGCGGUGUGACCGAAACUGGCGGCGCAACCGCAAGCGCCUAGCAGAUUGUGCUAUUGGAUUCGGGCGUAACGCCGUCGGUGGACGUGACGGACGUUACUACGUCGUUACAGACCCCAACGACGAUGACCCAGUAAACCCUAGACCCGGAACCCUAAGACACGCAGUCAUUCAAGACGAACCUCUAUGGAUCGUUUUCAAGAGAGACAUGGUUAUAACACUAAAACAAGAACUAUUGAUGAACAGUUUCAAAACAAUCGAUGCUCGUGGUGUCAAUGUUCAUAUCUCGAAUGGCGCUUGCAUCACGAUUCAAUAUAUUACGAAUGUGAUCAUUCACGGUUUGCAUGUUCACGACUGCAAACCAACGGGAAAUGCCAUGGUUCGAAGCUCACCGUCGCACUAUGGAUGGAGAACCAUGGCGGAUGGUGAUGCGAUUUCGAUCUUUGGAUCGAGCCAUAUUUGGGUCGAUCAUAACUCACUUUCUAAUUGCGCUGACGGGCUCGUUGACGCCAUCAUGGGCUCAACCGCGAUCACCAUUUCUAACAAUUACUUCACUCACCACAAUGAGGUUAUGUUAUUGGGUCAUAGUGACACCUAUCAUAGGGAUAAGAUUAUGCAAGUGACUAUUGCAUAUAAUCAUUUUGGUGAAGGUCUAGUUCAAAGAAUGCCAAGGUGUAGGCACGGGUAUUUCCACGUUGUAAAUAACGACUACACGCACUGGGAAAUGUAUGCUAUCGGUGGCAGUGCGGAUCCAACUAUUAACAGCCAAGGAAACCGAUACCUUGCCCCGGUUAACCCGUUCGCUAAAGAGGUGACUCAUAGAGUAACAUCGGGCCGAUGGAGACACUGGAAUUGGAGAUCAGAAGGUGACUUAAUGUUAAAUGGUGCAUUCUUUACACCAUCAGGUAAUGGUGCAGGAGCCAGCUAUGCGCGUGCAUCGAGCCUAAGUGCUAAACCGUCGUCGGUUGUGGCCUCGCUCACUUCAGGAGCCGGUGCACUUGACUGUCGAAAAGGCAAAGUCGCAUGUUAAAUAAAUAAAUAAAUAUAUUUUAAAAAAAGAGUAAAUUAAUCUCUCAUCAUUUUAGUUUUGAGAAAUCGAAUUAAUAUCGAGUUUUAUUCGGUCUUGGAACGAGAUACUUGAGAAGUGUAUAUUGUCUUCUGUUUCGUUCGCUCGUUUGCUUGCUUUGAGCGCGAUCAAGUCACUGGGGAACGGGAGUUUGAGUGUUCUCCUGCUGCUAUGUAAUUACUAUUUGCUCGAGGUUAACGUUGUAAGUUGUAACGAGUUGAUUAAAAUCUUGAUAAUCACUCGGUUCGGUUAUUAAUUAUUAUGAUCUUGUCUCUGUAUUCUUGUCCAAAAAAAGAUUGUCAAUAAAUUUAGGCAAUUUGUUAAUGAUUCAAAUAUGUUGUUUAUGCAA